AUGGAGCAGAGCAAGGAACCUAUCAUCCUACAUUUCGACUUCGAUUGUUUUUACGCGUCAGUCGUCGAGAAUGAAAACUCCGCCCUGAAGACUGUUCCUCUAGGAAUUCAGCAAAAGAACAUCCUGGCCACCUGUAACUAUGUUGCCAGGGCCCAAGGCGUCAAGAAGCUACAGCUCAUUACUGCCGCAAAAAAGCAAUGCAAAAAUCUAGUAAUUGUUAAUGGAGAGGAUUUGACGAGGUUUCGUGUUGUUUCCAAAAAUAUAUGGCUUUUCGUGAGGGAGUUUGUCUGGCACAAUCUUACGGAGCGCCUAGGUCUUGACGAGGACCCCUCAUUCUUCCGCCUUUCUCGUAACGACCCCUCCGCGGGUUUUCCGUUCGUCUGGGACGAGCUACCUGGUUACACAUACCCGCCCGCCGCAUCGUCCGGACCCCACUCGCUACUCCACCAGCGCCUCUUUCUCGCUUCACAUCUAGCCUCCUUCAUAAGAACCCAGAUCCUCACAAACUUCAACCACACCUGUUCCGCAGGUAUUUCCACGACCAAGCUCACAGCCAAACUCGCAGGCAGCGUCAACAAACCCGAUGCACAAACUCUCCUUUUGCCCGGCUUCGAAGCAGCGUUUUUAGCCGGACACGAGAUUGGAAAAGUCCCAGGAGUUGGGUUCAAAAGUGCGCAGAAGAUCAGAGACAAGGUUCUGGGAAGAACUACUAAAGACGAGGAGAUUGAAUUCACAGAGAUAUCAGAAAAGGUCACGAUAUGGCGACUACUUCAUGGAAUUGACCCUUCCAGGGUUGCCGCAGCACCAAUUGUUCCAACUCAGAUCAGUAUCGAGGAUACCUUCCGCCCCGGAAGGAUCACAUGCCUCAACCAACUAACCCCCGUGCUGCACCAGCUAACAUUGAAGCUCCUCCAACGUAUGCAUGCCGAUCUGAUCGGCCCUGGCGGUGAGAAAUGGCUUGCGCACCCGAAGAAUUUUAGACUCUCCAUCCGAUUCCACACGAGGAACAGGGACUUUGCGCGGAUGAGCAGGAGCGGGCGAAUGCCGGGAUAUGUGUUUUCGUUGUCGACGCCAUUGGAUGUGGUAGCGGAGAGGCUGGUGAGGGAGGUGGUUGUGGGGUUGUUUAAAGGGUUGUGCACAGAGAGGAAGUGGGAGUUGCAGCUGGUUAAUGUGGCGGCGGUUAAUAUGGCGGAUGGAGGUGGAGGGGUCGAUAUUAGGGAUAUGUUCAGCACGCUCAGACCAAGGAGCGAAAGCUGGGAAAAUAAGGAGGGGCCCACUGAAUAUCUGGAUGGGAUAGUGAACAACAGUCAGCAGUACAACAGCCCACCGGAGAAGGAGCCAGAACCAAUAAAGGAAGUCAAAGAGGACGAAGACGAGGGAGGAGAGCAGGAGGGGGAGGGGGAGGAGGUGGUGGAGCUCGAAUGGGGUGACGGCCUUUCCGACUCCUCGGUCGAGUACGGCGGUAUCGGCUCCCGAGGUUUCUCACACAACGACCCAUGCCCCAUCUGCGGCGAGCGGUUCCCGGUCUUUGCGCUCGAGGCUCAUCAGCGGUUUCAUCAAAGUGAGACCGAGAUUGAGAUUCUGGGUUAA